AUGACAUCAGUUAAUCUUGUUAAUUUAUCUCAUAGCGAAAUAACACAUAUAAAUUCAUAUGCAUUUCAAGAUUGUGAACAUAUCGGUGAAAUUGAUUUAUCAUCAUCAUUAAUAUCAAAUAUUGAUUCUCAUGCAUUUGAUCAACUAUAUAAUGUUUCAUUAUUAAAUUUAAAAGGAAAUUUAAUACGUUUAUUUGAAAAAACAAUUUUUCAACAAUUAGCACAUACAAUAAAACAAAUUAAUCUUGAUAAUAAUCCAAUACGAUGUGAUUGUACACUUGAAUGGUAUUUAGAAGAACGUUCAAAUCGAUAUAAAUUACCUGAUGUAUGCACAGGUCCAAUUGGAUAUGAAUGUUUAAGUCCAAAUGAAUUACAAAAAUCUCAAUUAAUAUGUUAUCAAACAGAAAAAAAUGAUAAUCAAAGCAAAGAAAUAAAUUUUUUGUGA